AUGCCUCGCGGCGAUAAUUUGCGCCGCCUGGCAACUGCGGCCUUGCGCCAUGGGCUUCCGCGCGCAGGCUUCACCGCGCAUAGCGCGCAAAACGUGCAAAGCUCGCUCCGCCUUCCCCGACACGGGCUUCCACCGCCUGGCCUCUGCUCCGCGCCGAUUUCCCCCUCUCUAGCCGAACCGCCCGUAACCUCCGCCCGAAUUCCCGCACAGGCGCAAUCGCCGUCGCUUAUGUUUCCUGCCGCGUCGCGUUUCCUUCCAUGCCGAUACGCAUCCACCUCCGUCCAUUCGACCUUCUCCUCUUCCCCCGCCGCCUCUCCCGCCGCAUUAGCCGCCGGAUCUGCCGCCGCGACGAAACCCGUCGAAGUUUCCGGCGCCGAUUCGCUGUUGCUUAGCUUGGGACUGAAACCGCUUCCGCUUUUUCCGGGCAGCCCUUCGUUACAAAAUCAGAAUGAAAUCGCUGCCGAGGGCUCUCAGGGAACCGACGCGAAGGUUCUGAAGGAAGUGCAAGUCAAGAGGCGGCGCAAGCAGAAUCUGGCGGAUAUUCUAUGGCGGCGCCCCGCGUGGGGGCAAGGGGCUAGAGUGGCGAAGCGGCACUGGCAGGAAGGCACCUUUUACGAAGUUUCACGAGUUCAAAUAGCCAAGACAGGGCGAACAGCAACAGUGUGGGGGAUAUUUCACCAGGAGGGUAAGUGA